AUGGGUGCAGCUGCAAUGGAGGCACUCAGUGAGAAAUUAGGGAUUGAAGGAGUUGAUGUAUCUGUUGCACCUAGAAGACGGAGGAACGAAGAAAACUCUGUUUGCGUCACCAACCUCUCAGAAGAUACUCGCGAGCCUGACUUGCUUGAGCUAUUCGGAACAUUUGGUGCUAUCAGUCAUGUUCAUGUUGCUGUAGACCAGAGGACUGGCAUUAGUCGAGGAUUUGGUUUUGUAAACUUUGUGAACAAGGAAGAUGUUGAGAGGGCGAUUGACAAUCUCAAUAGCUACAUCACAGUGAAAGUUGAACACAACAAACCAUUUAGUCAUUGCAAAAAGGAGAGAGGAGAGAGGAGAGAGUGA